UAAAUUUCCUAGUCCUAGAUCCUUCUUUCCGAUCUCCUUCCUUAACUCACCAUUGUUAACAAUUUGUAUUUUACUUUUCUUUUGACAUUUGAAUUUGUUGAGCAAGUUAUAUGACUGCAUGGAAUAUGGAUCAUUCUAUUUCUAUAUAUAGACUUUGAGGUUAGUGUUGGUUAAGGCUAACACAAGCUAAAAUGGCAGAUUUGAAACUCCAUGGAUUUUGGUAUAGUCCUUUUACUUUCAGGGUGCUAUGGACCCUAAAGCUGAAGGGUAUACCAUAUGAGUACAAAGAUGAAGAUCGCUUCAACAAGAGUCCUCAACUUCUUGAAUACAACCCAGUGCACAAGAAGGUUCCUGUGUUUGUUCAUGAUGGAAAACCAAUAUGUGAGUCCAUGAUCAUUAUUGAAUACAUUAAUGAGUUAUGGCCUCAAAAUUCACUAGUUCCUGCUGAUCCAUAUGAGAAAGCUGUGGCACGGUUUUGGGUUGCAUAUAUUGAUGACAUGUUUUCUGCAGUUGUACGACCACUCUAUCGUAGCAAUGGCAGUGAAGAGCGCGGGGAGAUUAUAAAGGACAUGUGGGGGCGAUUCAGAGUUAUUGAGGAUCAGUGUUUGGGUGAUCACAAGAAAUUCCUUGGAGGAGACACUUUUAACAUUGUGGACAUAGCUUUUGGGUCAUUUGUGAAAUUUCUUGUGGCAGUGGGAGAUGUGGUUGAAGUGGAGAUCUUAGAAGCUGAGAGAUUCCCUCGUUUGCAUAUGUGGUUUAAUAAUUUCAUGGAUGUUCCUGCCAUCAGAGACAACACCCCUGACCAUGAGAAAUUGGUGGCUUGUUUGAAGUCUCUGAAAGAACAAAAAGAACAAAUUUUGGCAUCUUCCAGAAAAUGAGAUACAAGGCAUGUAGCCAUCUAUCUCAUAUAUGUAUUUGUUUGGCUUUAUCUUGAUGCACGUCUAAAAAAAAGUAAUAAAAGUUAAGCUUUGGGAUUUAA